UUAAUGAAAACUCCGGCCGGCCAGUAUCCGUUUGACAAUCGGACUGUGAACACACAUCACAUAAUCGGCAUCACUGGAUCUAGUGUGCAUAGGAACUUUGUGUGAUUUAUGCCGGUGGCUAGAAGCGGGUGCCGUCAUCCUUACAAAAUACGUGUGAAUCGUUUUUUUUUUGGUGUUGUUAAAUGUGAUUCAGUAACCGAACGUGUCUUUUUACCAAACUGAAGCAUAAAACAUUAAUGCAGAACGAACAGUGUGACCGAGCAAAGAAUGGUCUAGUUUGAAAAGCCACACGGAGAUUAACUAAGCGGUUGCGUGAUUUUGGGAAACCCGUAUAAUUCCGUAGCAGAAGGCAAACAGGGCCUGGUCGAGCUGGGAUAACUGUGUGUGAAAUUGUUGUGGUUAUUGAUUACACUUUAUGUCCCGAAACAGUAAUCCGUUUACAAAGUGUGAUGCGUAAGAGUGCUCGCCAAGCCGAAAAGUGCUGCCCUACAUAAGUGGAUAAUUUGGAUACGCAAUCAAGAAAUUGGAGGCUACCUUUUUUAUGAGAAGAGAAAAAAUAUCUUCCGUUGAAGUUAGAAGAUAGUAAGUCCAUUAAAGUUACUAAGUGAUCAUCAUGAUCGGUACAAUGAUCUCAGCCAAGAGCAAGCACAUGGAUGCAAAUAAAUUGCUCGCCUAUUGCCUACUGAUGCCCACAAUUUCAGCUCUGCUUCACCAUAGAAUGGUACACGGACAGUAUCAGCAGUUCAAGAGCGUGCCGACAACGGUCAAGACCUACGAAAACGAAACGGUGCUACUACCGUGCUAUCAAAACUCUCCCUACAGAUACGUUCGAUGGUCCCGAGAUGAUUUGCUGUUGGCCGACUCGCGGUAUCCAGAUUUGACGCCACCACCGCGGGUGCAGCUAUGGAAAAAUGGCAGCCUAGAGGUCAGCCGGGUGCAGAUGGAUGAUACGGGAGAUUACACGUGUGAAAUCACCACCGAGGGUGGGAAGGCGUUGCAGCAGCAUGCGAUCGAGGUGCAGUACCCUCCAGCAGUUUCCAUAUACCCGUCGAACCAAAUACAAGUCAAAGUUGGUCACAUUUUGGAAAUCAUUUGCGAUACAACUGGAGUACCCCAACCAUACAUCACGUGGAAUUUCAAGAACGAAAACGCUAGUGCGACUUUCGAGAACAGCCGCAAAAUAAGCGUGCUGAUAGAGGACAAAGAUUUUGCAGGGCCCAUUGAAUGCCUCGCGACAAACGGCGUCGGUGAACCAGCCAGCGCCGUACUAGACGUCCACGUCGACUUUUUACCGGAAGUUACCGCCAAAACAACACCCGUCCACACAAAAGUCGGACAAAGUGCACAGCUGGAGUGCAUCGUAACGUCCGCACCGACCGCAUCCGUCCACUGGUUUCACAAUGGGUUACCUCUGCCAUCGGAUCGACGAUUCUCUAAGCAGGACAACAUUGUCAGUGCACCACAAUACCAUACUGUUUACCGGCACGCGCUUCUCAUACGCAAUCUUCGUGAUGCUGAUCUGGGCCAGUACGAGUGCAAAGCGGAGAAUAAAAUUGGAAUAAAGGGUGUCCAUUUUGAGCUGACGGGACGACCGAUGCCGGCAUCCUUUAAACCAUCAGCCGAAAUGUCUUUGCCAACGACGCACAACCUCAUCUGGCAGGUGGAGAGCUUUUCCACUAUCAUUGAGUACAAGCUCAAAUUUCGAAAGAUACCUUCGGGUAAUGUCACUCCAAACAAGCGCUACCCGAACCUGGCCUGGAGUGAGCUUAUCAUACCAUCGGAUGGUUCUGCAGGGCCACUGCACAGUACCGGAUACUCGCUGCAGGGUCUACAAUCGGCCAGUGUCUAUGAGGUGGUCGUGUUGGCACGGAACAAAUACGGCUGGAGCGAUGCCAGUAAUAUCCUCAGAUUUGCAACGGGUGGAGAAGUUGAGCUUACCGAUCCAGGAUACCAAACAACGGAGACAACCAUCGAUUACUCCGAUGAGAAUGAAGAUCCUAACAUUACGGACAAUGUUAUUUCGAGGGAUUUCUACGACUACAGUAGCUUCCAUACUAGCGAAUCUAAAAGCUCGGCAUCCAGGCUUACUGUUCGAACGACAGGAUUGCUGACUACCCUAUUAACACUGAUGUUAUUACUUCGGUGUAAAUGAAGAUGUGGGAGAAUAAAAUGCGAUUUGCAAUAAAGUGGAA